GCGUCUCCAACUGAGUAAAGGGGGCGGCUCCGUGACGUCACCGCGUUGAACUACCGACGGUCUCGCCCUCUGCUGCUCCUGGCGGGGAAGUUAGCGAAGCGAGCACCCCUGUCCGUCCAACCCCAGUGAUUUAUUAAGGUCGGCGAUGGCUCUCACUCAGGUGUCCUCCAACAAGUGUGCCGGCGGCUUCCAGAAGGUCUUUGAACAUGACAGCACCGAGCUGAAGUGCAAGAUGAAGUUUGCCGUCUUCCUGCCUCCCAAGGCUGAAACGGGCAAAUGUCCCGUCUUCUACUGGCUUUCUGGCCUGACGUGCACGGAGCAGAACUUCAUCACCAAAGCAGGCAGUCAGCUGGCCGCAGCGGAGCACGGCAUCAUCAUCGUGGCCCCAGACACCAGCCCACGUGGCUGCAGCAUUGAAGGGGAAGAUGAGAGCUGGGACUUUGGGACAGGAGCUGGUUUCUACGUGGACGCCACCCAGGAUCCCUGGAAAACCAACUAUCGCAUGUACUCGUAUGUCACUGAGGAGCUUCCUAAACUCAUCAACUCCAACUUCCCCACCGAUCCGGACCGGAUGUCCAUCAGCGGACACUCCAUGGGGGGCCACGGGGCCCUCAUCUGUGCCCUGAAGAAUCCAGGCAAAUACAAGGCCGUAUCUGCGUUCGCUCCCAUAUGUAACCCCAUGCAGUGCCCCUGGGGCCAGAAAGCCUUCUCAGGAUACCUGGGACCUGACAGGUCCGCGUGGGAGGCGUAUGACGCCACCGUGCUGGCAGGGUCUUACUCCGGCCCUCAGCUCGACAUCCUCAUCGACCAGGGCCGCGACGACCAGUUCCUGUCCGCCAGCCAGCUGCUGCCCGACAAUCUGAUCUCCGUCUGCUCAGAGAAGAAGAUCCCAGUGGUCUUCAGACUCCAGCCGGGCUACGAUCACAGCUACUUCUUCAUCUACUCGUUUAUGAACGACCACAUCAAGCACCACGCCAAGUACCUGAACGCCUGAGCAGCCGCAGCAUCAGUUCACCGCGGGCCGCUGCGCCGCUUCCAGAAGCAGCAGCCCUCUUAGUUCAACCACCUGCAGAACUAAAAUAAUGUCCUGGAAACAACUGAGGGGAAACCAGGAUGUGGUUCUGUGUUAACAGCACUUACCUGUAUCCUCAGCUGGAGACACUUCAGUUCGGGGACAACUACGUUUUUCAAUAAAUGUUUCUGUGGCUUGAGCAAA